AAAUCUGGUCAUUAAAUGCAUAUAUAUACGUCUAUAUAUAAUUGAAGGUGUCGCGGGCAAGCAAAUGCGGAUGAGAAGAUCCGUAUGACGCCACCGCGGCAGCCAUCUCCGGCGGCCGCUCCGCCACCUCCGCAGACGGCAAGCCUAACAACGACGAGGGUUUUUGUUUCAACAUGGAAUGUGGGUGGAAAGACUCCUAACCAUGGACUCAACCUUGAAGAUUUCUUGCAAGUGGAGGAUUCUCCUGAGGACAUAUAUGUCUUAGGAUUUCAGGAAAUAGUUCCACUGAACGCAGGAAAUGUGCUAGUGAUUGAAGACAAUGAACCAGCAGCCAGAUGGAUAGGGUUCAUAAGCAAAGCACUGAACAAGUCAUACCACUCCGGUCCCACCACAAAGCCCCAUGCAAAGGACACUUCUUCAUCAAUAAGGUCCAAUUUCUUCCACAAACCAUCCCUUAAAGUCCUAUCCCGUGACCUCCGGGCCAACAACGCUCUCCUCAAGUCAUGCAACUGUGAAUGCGACUCUCCCACACGCCUCCGAAAGCCAAGCACGGUGCCGGAAUUCUCCCCCCAGAGUCUCUCUGGUGGUCGUCGUGCUGCCAGCAUGGACGACAGGGAUUUUUCUGUCGUCCAUGCGCGGAUAUCUGACGACGACAUGUCAUCAGCUGACUUGGACUACAACCUCAUUGCCAGCAAGCAGAUGGUCGGGAUAUUUUUGUCCGUUUGGGCACGUAGAGAAUUGAUUCCCAAUAUCGCCCAUCUCAGAAUCUCAUGUGUUGGAACAGGAAUCAUGGGAUGUCUAGGCAACAAGGGUUGCAUAUCAAUAAGUAUGUCUGUGCACAAAACAAGUUUCUGCUUUGUGUGUUGUCAUUUGUCUUCUGGGGAGAAAGGAGGGGAUGAGCUAAGAAGAAAUGCAGAUGUUGCAGAGAUUCUAAAGAGCUCUCAAUUUCCCCAAAUUUGCAAGAAUCCUGCGUAUCACUCUUUCCCAGAAAAAAUCAUUGAUCAUGACCGCAUAAUAUGGAUGGGGGACUUGAAUUACCGCAUUUCACUUAGCUACGAGGAGACAAAGCUGCUGUUAGAAGACAAUGAUUGGGAGUUUUUACUGGAGAAAGAUCAGUUGAAUAUGGAGAGAAAAGCAGGGAGAGUGUUUAGUGGUUGGAAGGAAGGAAAGAUAUUGUUUGCUCCCACGUACAAAUACACUCUUAAUUCCGACUCGUACGCCGGAGAGACUAUCAAAUCAAAGAAGAAACGACGAACCCCUGCCUGGUGUGACAGGAUAUUGUGGCAUGGAAAUGGGAUGGAACAAGUAUCAUACAUAAGGGGAGAAUCAAGAUUUUCAGACCAUAGACCAGUUUGUGCUGUAUUUGCAGUGGAGGUUGAAAUGCUUUGUAAUAAAUCAUUCACUUAUAAUUGCAAGGGUUUCUCACCAUCAUCAUCAUCAUCAUCAUGCACUUUGGAUUAUGAAGACAUGCCCACAAUAGGAGGCACUGCCAGCAUUAUUGAUGCUUCUAUAUUAUAACUUCUAAUCUCUCCCUUUAACUCUAACAUCAAUAAUAAUGUAUUUUAUUUUCCUUCUUUGUAAUAUUAUCAAUUAUCAUAGUAUAUAUUUAUUGCAUUCUUUGAUUAUAUAGCAAGAGAUGGUCAAUAGGAUAAUGAUGAAGAAGCUAUGUAGAGUGAGAGAGCAAGAAACAAUAUAAUUACUCCCUGUGA